AUGGGGCCCCCGAAGGCUUUUUUCUUUGUGGAGGGGGGGCCCUUGGGGAGACUAUCAAGGAGCUGCAGCAGCAGCAGAAGCAGCAGCAGCAGCUCCCGUACAGUUUCCCAAUCUGUAGCUGCAUCGAAGCAACAGCUGCAGCAGCAGCAGCAUGAGCAGCAGCAGGAGCAGCAGGAAGAGAAGGAAGUUGAUGAUGUGCUGCAGCAUCAUCUAGAUUUGCUGCAGCAGCAGGUGUAUCAGCAGCAGCAGCAGCAGCAGCAAGAGUUUGCAUGCACGGAUUUCUUACGUUUAGGUGUCUUACCAUCAAUAAGAGACAAUCUGCAGUAUUGGGGUGUACAGGCAGCUAGCCGUAUACAGGCUGCUGCUCUCCCUCUGCUGCUGCAAGGAGACAGUGUCUCCUUAGCAGCAGAGACAGGCAGCGGCAAGACAUUAGCAUAUAUUAUAUCCUUAGUGCAGCGGCUAGUUGUGCUGCAGCACCAGCAGCAGGUGCAGCAGCAGCAGCAGCAGCAGAGACACUUAGCAUUAACAAGAGGAGGAAGAGGAAGAUCUAAAUUACCUGAUCCAGCAGGAGAGAAAGCAGCAGCAGAUGCAGCAGCAGCAGCAGCAGCAGCAAGUGCAGCAGCAGCAGCAGCAGCAGCAAAAUAUCCUGUUGCAGUAGUAUUAACACCAACAAGGGAGUUAGCCCUACAGCAAUUCAAGGCAGCAGAUAAAAAAAUACUGCAGCAGCAGCUCCUCCAGCAGCAGCAGCAACAGCAACAGCAGCAGCAGCAACAGCAGCAGCAACAGCUGCUCCUGCCGCUCAAGCAGCACCCUACUCAAUAUAUCUUUGCUGCUGCUACAUUACCACCAGGGGGCCCCGCUAAGGGCCCCUUCAGUAUAGCCAGAGCUAGGAAUACCCUCAAGAGAGGGGGGGCCCCCAAGGGGGGCCCCUCCUCCAAGGAGACAAAGGAAGAAGAGAUAAAUAAAGAAGGGAGUCAAGAGGGAAAAAAGGGUACAGAAAGUAAUGGGGGGCCCCCUACCGUGGGGGGCCCACCUGCGGAUACACCUGGAAGUAUAGGACUAAAGGAAAUAAUACGUAAUGAAUUCCCUUGCAUGUACUUUGUUGAGUCUGAUUUGCUGCACUGCAGCAGCAAGGGACUGCAGCAGCAAUUUAUUCCUGUUGCUGCUAAGGAGACAGAAGGAGACAGAAUUCGUACCCUAUUUAGGGUACUAGAGGGGCCCCUAAAGGGCCUCAAAACUCUUGUCUUCUGUAAUACAGCAGCAACAGCUAAAAGGGUUGCAGAGGGGCUGCAACAGCAACUGCAGCAGCAGCACGAGCAACAGCAGCAGCAACAGCAACAGCAGCAGCAGCAGCAGCAGCAGCAGCAGCAGCGGCAAGUAUUUCUGUUUACUGCACAGCUGCCUCCCUUAACAAGAGCAAAAGUAUUAAAAGAGUUCUGUAACGCAGCAGCAGCACCGCUGCAGCAGCAGCAGCAGCAACAGCAGCAGCAGCAGCAGCAGCAGCAAGAGGAGGAGGAGGAGGAGGAUGACGAUUUUCUUGCUGCUGAUGGUGCUGUCUCCUCUUCCUCUUCCCCCUCAACAGCAACAGAAGCAGAAGCAGCAGCAGCAGCAACAACAGCAGCAGCAACAGGAGCAGGAGCAGUCCUUGUGUGUACAGAUGCAGCAGCAAGGGGACUACAUAUAGAGAAUCUUGCUGCUGUUAUUCAGUAUGAUUUUGCUCUCUCUGCUGUCUCCUUUCUGCAUAGAGUAGGGAGAGCAGCAAGAGCAGGAAGACAGGGACUAGCUGUCUCCUUUUAUUUACCGCAGCAGCAGCAUCUUGUUGAUGCUAUUAGAGGACAGCAGCAGCAGCAAGAGCAGCAGCAAGGGCAGCAGCAGCAGCAGCAACAAAAGCCGCACUCCCUUGCUGCUGCAUUCAGCCGCAAAAGAUCAUUCAGUAAAAAAAUCAAGAAAAAAGCAAAAGCAGCAGCAGCAGCAGCAGCAGCAGCAGCAAAAGCUGCAGCAGCAGCAAGUGGUGAGCACUCAGAUGCCCCCUUAUCUGUGAAGUUUCCUAACAGCAGCAACAGCAGCAGCAGCAACAGCAGCAGCAGCAACAGCAGCAGCAGCAGCAACAGCAGCAGCAGGACUAGCAAGUUGUAUUAA